AAGGAGGGAUUGGACUCCGUGUUCCACAGCAGUUUGAUCCGCUUCUGGUUUUACCUGAGCCGGUUUGUGAGCGGGCGGACUGAGGCUGCGACGCCAGGCCCUUAAGAUGAUGUCGAUCUUCUCGCGUCCGUCUGCGCAGAACCGGCGCCCUCCAGCGGCCAGCCGGUCUCCAGCUCCGGCUGGCCUGACGCGUCCCCUGCUGUCUGUGUCCCCAGGCCAGGUGAAGAGGUCUUCCCCCAAGAAGCCCCGGAGCCGGAAUAUCUUCAGCGCUCUCUUCUGCUGCCUCAGAGCCCAGGAUGUGCCGCCACUGCCCCAGGCCCAGGGUACCCUGCCGCAGGCGGAGGAGAACGGGCCGGUUGCCAAGAUUCCCGGGCCCUGCCUGCUGCCCGAGGUGACCCCUCAGGACCAGGGCAAGAUGUGUGUGGUGAUCGACCUGGACGAGACGCUGGUGCACAGCUCCUUCAAGGUGAGGCCGCGGCACCUCGGGGCCCCUCCCGUGUUUGCGGGUGGGGGGCGGACAGGUCAGAGGUCAGAGGUGAAAGGGCAGUAGGGUGACUGUGCAGUGUCAGGAUCGCAAACACAGGGUGAGGGAAUGGGUUAUAAAAGCUUCCUUGAAACGGACUCAUACCAUUAAAAUGAGUGAAGUGUCGCACCCUUGUGAAACUGAUAUUCAUGGUCUUGGCUCUGCGGGGAGGUACAGUAGGGUUUUUCAUCAUGUAGAAGUUUUCAGUUAUUCACCCUGUGCUUUGGGCAUCAUGGGCAAGGACAGUGAGCAAUGCGCAGCUGGCAGAGAGACUGGUAUGAGGACAAGAGAACUGUUACACACGAGCGCAGCCCUUGGGCCCCUCUGAGCCGCCUGUCUGCCUUAGCCAGUUGAUCUCAUCUGGCCUCUCUCCUGAGAGAAUCCAGCUUUUCAGCGUCAAUAUCGCCGGGUAGCUAGUUCCACACUCCCACAACACUUUGUGUCAGCAAAUUCUUGGAUUUUAAUAAACUUCCACAUAGGUUCCCCUUGUGUCCUCCAUUUUGACAUAGUCAAGGGACUGAGACCGUGGGGUGUCAGGGGGUGUCACAUACCGGUCGAGGGACUGAGACCGUGGGGUGUCGGGGGGUGUCACCUACCGGUCGAGGGACUGAGACCGUGG